AUGCUCGCCCGUUGUACAAGCCUCAAGCGCGUGCGCAUCCCGACCGAGGACGACUUACUCGAAGCCGUGACAUCGUCCGCGCACAGCGUGGCAGAGCUCUCCCCUCGCCCCUCCUCACGACAGGAAAACUUUCCGCCUCGCGCCAUCGCGGCGUUGCAGCGCUGGCUUGCGUCUGGCCACGCGCGCCGCUUGAAACUUGCUGGAUUCAGUGUCCCGAUUGACGCUGGUUUGCCGCGGGCGCUCGCGACCUCACCGACACUCACAAGCCUGCGUUUGAGCGAAUGCAACGUGGUCCUCGACUCGAUCAUCGCCCACGGCAGCGUGAUGACGUCUAUCACGGAGCUGGCUGUGACGACAAAUUCGGGCAACCUAGUGUCACGUCUCCUACCGCUGCUCCCUUUGUCCAAGCUAAGAUCGCUCUCGCUCCAUUGCCUUGACCGCAUUGACCUUGGCGACUGCCUCAUCUCUGCACUGCCGCACUUGUCGGCGCUUGAGAACCUCGCCCUCGAUUUUGUAAAACUCGGUGACGCCGACGUACAAUUGAGCUCCGCCCCGUCGGCACUUCGCUUCCUCAAGUUGGACUACGUCGACAUGACAGCAUCGAGUCUCAACGCACUUCUCGACUGGGCCUCGCGCGCGGCGCGUCUCGAGUCUGUCGCUGCGCUGCGCUGCGGGUAUUUCGGCGCCAACCACGACAGAGCGGUCGAUACACUUACACGAUGUGUCCAAGCCGGUGCACGCCGCGUACAAUUCGUCAACUGCGACAUCGACACGCGCGGCGCAUCGGCGUUGGCCAAGGCGCUACGCAAGACGCACGCGCGCGUGCCUCUCGAGCUGGAUCUUACCAACAACCCGUUUCGCCUCGGUGCUACGCAAGCGCUUUUAAAGGCGCUUGCGACGUGCACUGACGUGUCCGUUCAGCUACCACACGCAUGCCGAUCGUUCGUGGACGGAGAUCAGUCGUACGUCGCGAAAGCAAAAGCCGCCGGCGUCACCAUCGAGCUUCGCGGGUGGGACGUCUUCAUCUGCAGCCGCACGGAGGUCUAAUCUCAAGGUCAUUUCUUCAUCUCC